UUCUCUCUGUCUAUCUCUGCUGGUGUUCAUUGGCAGCGUAUCUCUUCACUGCAGAGGCAGCUACAUUCUCUCCUUCAGGAUGUCGGGCCUUCUGACCAACUCUGUUCUGCUUUUCGUCUCUCUGACGCUGUUCCAGAUCCUCACACCAGAGGCAAAGCCUCUCUCUGCCAUGCGUGGCGGAGGUCGCAGUUUUGACAGCCAGGCGGGAGGAGUGCGUCUCCGAAGAGACCUGCGGGAUUCAGUGCCCUACGAGGCCCAGAUGAUGGCUUAUCCAGCUGCUGACUUCAAGAGCCGGAGCAAUGAUCUGUACUACCAGCCGGAGGUCCUGAGAGCUCAAGGUCUGGGACAGGCCCUCCAGCGCCUGGUGGAGAACGAUCAGAGGCGGGAACAAGAAGCAGCUUAUCUGGCAUCAAUGCUGCGUCUCCUUAACCAAGCACAGAACAACGGACAGGGCAAACCAGAGGAAGACGAGGAGGAUGAGGGGGAUUUUCAGGCACCGUACCCUCCGGACUACGAUGAGACCGAGCAGGCCGUGAGCAUGGCCAAGCCCCAGGGCCUUCUGGAUCCUCAGCUUACUCAGGCUCUACUCAACCGCUACAAGCAGGAGAGACUGAUGCAGGCUGGACUCGCUCCGACAACCAACAGGAUUCCAGAGAGAGAGCAGGACAAAGACCAAGAGAUGCUUAGGUAUCUUGUUGAGAAGAUCCUCUCGGGCUUGGCAUCGGGUGGCAGUCAGGGAGGCCCUUCAAACCAGCGCGCCAAACGUGACCUGAGCGUUGUGGCCAGCGCGGAGCGAUCCGGAGGACCCGUCCUAAAACGCUCCCGCCGCUCCCUAGACUCGGCCCCCGUCCCGCAGGUGGAGGCGUCACUGCUGAGGGUGAAGAGACUCGAUGACGACGACGACGAUGACGACGACAGAACGGCACAUGUCGGCCUGCAGAGAAUGAAGCGCAUAGACACUGACCUGCCGCCCCCCAAAAAGACCAGCCGCAAGCGCAGGGCCCUGACCUUCGACCCCGCCAUGAUCGCACAGCACAUCCUCCAGUACCUGCCAGCCUGAAGAGUGCACGAGAGUCAGAGGAAAACAAGGGAAAAGUGGGGAGGGGAAAUAGAAGGAAAUCUAGACAGACAGAGCGAGCUUACUGAUACGCCAGCAUUCAUUGUCAUCUGCCUACAUCUACUCCAAUCAGGCCUGCUUGCCAAGGUACUCUGAUGUGAUGUUACGCCGUUUCGAUGUUAUACUGUAAUAAAUUCCACACACAUAACAGCUUAUGGAAUAUGCUUUUUGUUGUCCUUCUUUCUUGCCACAUUGUACUGGCAUUUUAAUACCUGUUGGUAACCCAAUUAUUUAGGCUGCUGGUCUCUGACUAACCACAGGGCCAUUUACAUCUCAGUAACCCAGAGUCCCUGAGCUUCUCCACUGAUUAAAGGAGCGUUUGCUGGUUCUGCUCCUAUCAUGCUCCAUAUAUUUACAGCUGUCUGUGGGUGUGGAGAACCUCUGCACCCCAUUUUCAGUUUUUAAGCGAAGCAACAGAGCUCACAUUGUACUUUCUGCUGUUAAUACGGCUCUAUAUGGAAAAUAAAGUCAUUUCUAGGUUGCUGUAUUGAAUAUUUUCUGUAAUAAUGAACAUAAAUUAGCCUAUAAACCAGCUACCCAUUGAUCAUUCACAACUUAAACAUUGUGAAAUCAAAUUUACAUACACUACCACAUUCAAAGUUUGACGUUUAUUUUUAUUUUUUGGUCAAUAAGUUAACACUUGUAUUCAGCAGGGAUGCAUUAAACUGAUCAAAAGGGACUGUAAUGUUACAAAAGAUUUCUAUUUCAGUUAAAUUAUGUUCAUCGUUUUCAGUUAUUCACUGAAUAACUGUUUUCAACGUUGAUAAUAAGAAAUGUUUCCUGAGCUCCACAUCAGCUUAUUAGAAAGAUUUCUUAAAAAUCACACAUUAAUAAAUCUAUCAUACAUAUAUGUUGUUCAUCAUGUGUAGAAAAAUGUUUAAAUUGUAAACAGAAGUGAUAGACAUUUACAUCCAAAUAGCAAUGAAUCUACACAGAACAAACCCGAACAUCAACCUAUGAAACUGCGUAAUCCAAAAUCAGUCAAUUUCACUUUAUUAUUUGAUUUCACAAAUUAAUUUCAUUGAUAUUUACAGUAACAGUUGGAAGACAUGCCUAAAUCUACUACUACAUCUAUUGUAUGUUCUUUUAGAAAUGACAUUUUUGUUUGAAACAAAUGACUGAGAAACAAAACUCUCUGAAAUAUUAUAUUUAUUGCAGAAGAUAUCUGGUACAGGUUUAAACAGCACAACACAUCAGAUCAGCUGCUUUAUACAGCAAUAAGCAGCACUAUGUGAGUUUAUGCUCAUCUAAAUGUCGUCCUCUCUUUCUCUGAUUGGCUGUUAUAGUGGCGUGUGUCAUUAAUGUCAUUUGCAUCCUAUCCGAGCUUGAUUAAAUGUUUUUUGUCCUCCUUGACUUGGCUUUGAAGCACUCUGUCUGAUAAUAACUAAUCACUGUCCCAACUUUCAUGCCCUCUGGGUUUAUAAUCUGACUAUAUGAAUUUGUGAAGGAAAUCGUGGCUCUCUGAGUAUACAGUAUAAACGCUUUUCGAUAUCCGUGCAGCCAUAAGAUCUUGUACAAAAAUUCAUAUCUGCACUGCAAGUUUUGUCAAACAACAAAAAUCACUGUACGUGCUAAUAAAGUGUAUGUGAACACC